AGACAGACCAAUAUUUAUUUCCUUAUCUAUAAGUUAAUGUAAUUUUACGUGAAUUCAACUAGAAUAAUCUUGCUAGCGUAUUAUUCAAGGGCAGCGCAUAAUCUUUAGAAAUAUUACGAAAAAUGGAUACAGAUAUUUUAUUUUAUUAUCUUGGUUGGAAUAAAAUUGAUCAAGUGCAAGGUGUUUUAGAUGCUUUCGAUGAUAUUAAUAUUUUGUAUAGAAAAGGCGUUUUUUUUGAAUAUGUUUUUUCAAAAAAUAACGUAAAAAUCUUUGAAGCAUUAAUGGCUUAUUUUGAAAAUACGCAAUUUCCAAAAAAAAAUAAAUUUUAUAAAGAGAAAAAAAAAAAACUUACAAAGAUUUUAGAGAAUUUAGCAUAUGGAAUGGAACUUUCGUCAGAAAUGAAAAAAUCUUUAUCCAAAUAUAUAGACUUUGAUAAUAGCAGUAUUGAUAGUAGGGAAAAUGACUUUGAUAAUGAAUCUUUUAGUAAUGAUGUAAAUAUGCACAAUGACUUAGAUAGCAUUUUUCCAACAGGUAAUGAAACAGAUAUUAGUUCUAAAAGCACCAAUUUUGAGUUAACUCCAGGAGAUUGUUCUUGUAAUGAAACAGAUAUUAGUUCUAAAAGCACCAAUUUUGAGUUAACUCCAGGAGAUUGUUCUUGUAAUGAAACAGAUUUUAGUUCUAAAAGCACCAAUUUUGAAUUAACUCCAGGAGAUUGUUCUUCAUUUUGUGACUCAACAACAUUAACUACAAAAACAAAGCAGAUGUAGAAAGAUGGCUGUCACACACACACACCGUAGAUUUGAUGUUCAUGCAACAGACAUUAAGCAACUCUUUCUGCUACUUAUAAUAUGGAAAUUUAUUUAUAGAUAAUAAUUUUGUAAUUAUAUGAAUGUCUUUUUUGAAAA